AGAAAACGCGCAGACUAGUGCCUUUCCAGUACAUCUACUGUAUCAUUUGAGCCCGGAGAAGGACCCAUGUACUUCCUAUUCCACCUCGGAUCCUCGCUGUCCCUUCUGUUGUUGUUCCCCGAGUGCCGUGAUUACCCGGCGCGGUCCUUCCUGGAUCUCCGGGUGCGAGUGCGAUGCUGAGGGGGGGCCCCAGAGAGUGAGGCCAUGGGCUGCACCUCGGCCAAGCAGGUGUCGGCCGUGCCCAGCGACGAAGACGGACGCGGCGGCGGCGGCAAGGCCUACAGCAACGGAGACCUCUUCACAGAUGAGUACAAGAUGAAGGGGGUGGAGGAGGUGAAGUACAUGAGAGGGGAGGAGGAGCGAUUGAACGCCCGCAAUCAGGAGAACACGGAGCGGAGUGGGGUGCAGUACCGGGGGAAACUCCACAAAGAGGCAAACGCCAACAAGACCAAUAUUCACACAUCAGAAAGCCAGCAGGAGUUUUUCCGAAUGCUGGAUGAGAAGAUUGAGAAGGGAGAAGACUAUUGUUCGGCAGAGGAGGAAGAUGGGACAUAGCACAAUGGCUCCCGGAUUCAUCGUAGAGAACCUCGCUAUGUGUGUGUGUCUGUGUGUGUGCGUGUGUGUGAGCGUGUGUGUUUUGUGUAAAGGACAGAGUGAGUGAUUGUGUGCCUGGGCACACGCGUGUGUGUUUGUGAGAGGAAGAGCGGGCCAGACAGCGGAAGCAGUGUUGAGCAGCGAGGCGUUGUGUACGAGGGGACGUGUGAAUGUGUGUGUGCGCGGACCGCCAUGUGACGGAGAAAGUAUUUUGACCACGAGUGGAAUGGCCUCGAAAGAGUGAGUGAGCGGGGGAGAGAGAGAGAGAUAGAGAGGGAGAGAGAGAGAGAGAGAGAGAGAGAGAGAGAGACAGAGAGAGAGUGUGAAAGAGAGAGCGAGUAUUUAAAACUCGACUGGAUUUAAAGUGGACUACCCUCCAGGGACUAGCCCCGCCCCCCCCCUUCCCCCCCUCUGGUCUGUCC